GGCAACGCCAGCCAAGUCAAAGCCAAGUAAAUCCUGACGCGGCUUCCAAAAGAACAAUCUUCCUACUACUGAAAAUCAGAUCGCCAAGAUCUAUAAGCAUUGGACUCUGCUUAUGACAUAAUAGGCCUGUGCACAGUUACUACAUAAGCAGUUUCUUGCAGAAUGUUCCAAAUUCACAACGUGAAACACCCCACCCAAUCAUACAUGACCAGCUCAGAAACUUCACCGUUACUCGAAAAUGGCGGCCAUUCUGGCCAGGGGAAUCUUCCCUUUACUCGUCGCGUUGUCAACUUCAUGAAAGGCGAGGAUGAGCCAUCAUGGAUAGAAUCUUUCAACUUCUUCAUUUUUGGCACAUGGUUCAAUAUCUUACUCGUAUUUAUACCUUUGAGCUUCAUCUCUCACAUCAUGGACUGGGACGCUGGCUUAAUAUUUUCGUUCAGCUUUUUGGCCAUCGUUCCUUUGGCUAAGUUGUUGGGCGAGGCUACAGAUCAACUGUCUGUCAAAUUAGGGGAAACUAUGUCAGGACUCCUUAAUGCAUCAUUUGGGAAUGCCGUAGAAAUUAUCGUCGGUGUUGCUGCUUUACUUGACGGCCAAUUGCGAAUUGUUCAGAUGUCCAUGCUUGGAUCGAUCUUGUCAAACAUACUGCUCGUCCUUGGUUGUUCCUUUUUCGCCGGCGGAUUAUAUCACAAAGAAGGAGUUUUCAAUGGUACUGGAGCUCAAGCAUCUGCCUCUCUUAUGGCUUUGUCGUGUAUCACGCUUGUUAUUCCUGCGGCCUAUGCAAGUACCACAGACGCUGGAAUGCAGAAUCAUUGCAGUGAUACUUCUGAAUGUCCCACUGCGGGUCUACUCUUUAUUUCUAGAGGAACUGCUAUAUUGCUCCUGGGAGUUUAUUGUGCCUACCUUUGGUUUCAGUUAAAAUCCCAUCCCAAACUCUUCAUUUCACCUCCUUCACCUACGGAUGAACCAAACAGUGAGGAAACGGUGGCAACGACGGAAAUGGAAGAAACAGUGCCUCGCAUGGGAACAGCCGCUGCUAGUGUUGCACUUUUAUCGGUUACUGUAGUCAUCGCAUUUUGUGCUGAGUAUCUGGUUUCCUCCAUCGAGGAAACUGCAGUGCGCUAUUCCAUUCCGAAGCCCUUCAUUGGUGUUGUCUUGUUGCCGAUCGUGGGCAAUGCUGCAGAACAUGUCACUUCAGUCUGGAUGGCAAUGAAGAAUAAAUACGAGCUUACCGUCACCAUUUGCGUUGGGAGUUCGAUUCAAAUUGCCUGCUUCGUAGUGCCACUUCUUGUGAUCGUCGGUUGGAUAGUCAAUCAACCCCUGACGUUGCACUUCCACAACUUCGAGACAAUCGUCCUUUUUGUAUCUGUCUUCCUUGUCAACCUGUUGAUGAUGGACGGAAGAUCGAAUUAUAUGGAAGGUCUUAUGCUCCUUACCCUGUAUGUGGUCAUCGCCCUCGCAUUUUGGGUGACCUCAGUUCCUUCGACGGUGGGGGACAAAGCUGCUAGUAAUAAACUAAUUUCUGCUCCACCUAUUUCUUUAGGCGCCCCUCAAAUAUGUACGCAGUAAACUAUCGAAGGGAAGCAUCAUAUAUUAAUUCAUAAUAACCCGCAAGUGUGAACUUUCACUUUUCUAAGGUAAGGCUGUCUCCUUGAAGUUUCUUGCGCGCCAUGCACUCAUCUUAAUAGCCGCCAUCUCUAUGUGUAAAUUACAACCAACACUUCCAUUUUAAGAGAG